GUAAAGAGAAGCGGACACGCUUGUCAACAUAUGAAGCUUGUGAAGUGUGUCAGUAAAUACCGUGUUGUAUUAACGUGUCUCUGAAGUGUAGACGCCAGCAGCAUGGUGUGUAUAUGUAGGUCAUGUCUGAAACUGCGUUAGAGGAGGUGUCGGUGCUGUCCUCCAUCUACUGCAGGGAGGGAGAGUUCAUACUCACACCGCGGGCUGCUCAGGAUGGACUCAUGGUGCAGAUCAACAGUACGGUGGGAGCAGAAAGAAGGCUGGACGUGAGUCUGUUGUUCCACCUGCACCCCUCUUACCCUUCCUGUCCCCCCGCCAUCUCCGUCUGCUCCACCAGUCUCUCCAGGACUCAGUGUCAGGACAUCAGACAGAAGCUGCUGGAUCAGGCUGCGGAUUUACCUCCAGAGCCGAUGGUGCACCAGCUUGUGGAGUGGCUGCAGUUGUGCUGGGAGGUGCCAGAGAAGUGUAAGGAGGAGAAGAAAGAGGUAGAAAAAGAGGAGGAGUGGACGGCGGUGCUGUCUUUGGAUCACAUCCGCUCUCAGAGCCGGUACAUCGGUCUACUGCAGCGCUGGAGCCUGCAGCUGCAGCUCACUGGGAGGGUCUUACUGGGACGCAGCAUACUGGUUAUCCUGCAGGGAGCCAGGCCCAGCAUCAAGGAGUUUUGUCGCCUCCUGAAGACGGUGAAGGUGGACGUGGAUUCCUCAGGCAGGAAGUGCAAAGAGAGGAUGAUGAAGGUCCUCAUCGAAAGCCCUUUGUCUCCUAGUGGACACGGGCUCCAGGGUUUUGUGGUGAAGAACUACGAGUCAAUACCGGAGCUGAGCGUGACCUUCCAGGAACUCAACAUGACGGAGAUAUACCAGCAGAUACUGCCGUCAUUACCGGACUGACGGCACACAGGUUACCACGGUGACUGGACCUAAACUGGAAAAAAGAUCUUUGACAAGAUUCAGACUGAGAAAAGCAUCAGCAGCAGCCCAACUGUAGCAACAGGAAGCACAGGAAGAGCUGACUGGACAGAAUGUUUAAGAAAUAUAAAUCCCCCCCCCCCCCCCCCCGAUAACCGACAUGGUUUCAUAACAUCUUCUUUCCCCUAAAGAAAACACCUCACACUCUGCACAGUAGCUAGAGUUGUCUUUGUAAGACACACUUCAGAAUAUAUUUUCAUGGUGGAAAUGUUACUCCUACUUUACAGACAGUAGCUUAGGCUUCCUACACAGUAUGGAAAAGUAUUUGAUUUGAGCAGUGGUGGAAAAAGUAUGCAGAUCUACUAGUCAAAGUAGUAAUACCACAUUGUAGAAAAACUCUGUUACAUAUCCCGUAUUACAAUUCUAAGUAAUCAACAUGUAAAAUGUUCAGAAUAAUAUAUAAUAUAUAAUCUGUGUAACUCAUGUACUCUACCUGAGUACAAUUCUAAGGUACUUUACUUGAGUAUUUAAAUGUUAUUCUACUUUAUAUUUCUACUCCACUACAAUUGGAGACAAAUAUUGCCCAUUUAUUCGAUGAUUUUACAAAAUUAGAUAGAAUUAUAUUAUUAAACAUUAUUAUGGAUUAAGUUUCCCAACAGUAACAUUUUAGAAGCUUAACCAUAUAACCAUUUAAAAUGAGCUCCACCUUUUCGAGCUACAGCAUCAUCUCAUAAAACACUAACAUUUCAUUAUUCUGAAAUAAAAAUUCUGCAUAAUGAGUACUUUUACAUUUGGUGCAUCAGGUAUAUUUUCAUGCCAUUUGUACUUUUACAACACUUUGCAGGACUUUACAGAUAACAGAGUAUUUCUUUUAUGCAAUAUUACUUUUUAUAGUGAAGUAAUAAGUGACCUGUGUCCCUCUUACAACAUCCUAAAAUCAAGACUUCUUGUUCUUUGUAGGAAAAAUACCUGAAAUCACAUUUUGAAGCGUUUCUAACAUGGACUGCAGUGAAGUGUAAUGUGCCUUCUUUAGGAAAAAAGAUGUAACAUGGAACAUUUGACAGUACAGGAUGAGGACCAGUAAACAUACGGCAGAAAACAUUUAUGUUGUGUCUUUUUACUAUUAAAAAAAUCAAUCUUUGUCUUCGUAAACUGCAGAGCCAGAUGCUGUCCAUAUGGACACUGGAGGACUAAAGUCAGUGUACGUGCCAUUCACGCAUUUCGAUAUAUUAUUGAAAAUGAUUUAAGACUCUAUUUUGCACUCAAUAGAAAUAUGAUUUUUUUAAACACAACACCUUUUGUCAAAGUCGAGUUUUAGGGGCUUUAUUUUUUUAUGUUGUGCUGGGAACAACAAUAAUAAUAGUUGUAUGUCAUAUAGUUUAAUGAAAUGUGAAAGCCCAGGGUGAUUCUGAGGUUUCCAUGGUUGCUAUGAUUGGUCUCCAGGUGCACUUUCUGAAAAUUGCUACUUUCACUCGAUGAACAGAAACCAUCCGCCUGCCAUUGACUACAGGACAGUUUUUGUGGCAGAUGACCCAUACUUGUACUUUUUCUAUCUAUUUUCCCAUUGACGCUUUCCAAAACCUCCUAAAUCAUCACACAUAUUUGCUAGUAUUGGCAAAAUAUUCAAUUAUUGGUGUAAAUUAAUCAAAUAGGACUAAUGUUACACCGUUGUGACCGAAUGCUGACCGUCCGUUUCACCUGUUGAACAAAUUAGCAUGCUAUAGUGGUGUGGUUCAGUGAUAACGUAUUUUUGUAGACCGACCAGGAAGUUAGCAUAGCAAGGGCUGCCUCCAAAAAAGUAUUGAACAACUUAUAGGACAUUAAUAAUAUUUCUGUGUCAAUACACUAGUGACUGGGGGGAAUCCAUUCUUAGAUGUUUUGCCGUUCUCUUUUGAAAUAUCUGGAUGCAGAAAAGUAAAUAAUUGCACACUAAAACCGAAUGAUUGACAUUGUGAUAACCUGUAGCAGUUUUGUAGGGCCCAUGUCAGAAACCAAACCACUAUCUUCAGUCAGAAUACAAAUUAUUAUUCAGUAAGCGUCAUGUGCUCUACCGUUUGUGCCGUUGUAACGGCUAAUCCUGAAGUAAAAAGCCCAUGUGAACAGAGCAACUUCUAACCACCAUCAUGGUACCUGUCCUGCAGUAACAUCAACAAAAACUAUAUGUAAACA